UGACCUCUGACACUGACGUUAUUAAAUGCUCCUCCAAAAUAUUUAAAUGAGAUCAAAAAUUAGUUUGCACGAAGUAGCCCGGCUCUUACGGUUCAGACUACAUGUACUCUUAUUUCCAACAUUCACCGGUCAUCUGGUCGUGCAUGUUGGCUUCCACAGGAACUGAAUUCAACUCGAAAGUUGUGACUGAUAUUCGAGAUCUUAACACUUGGCUGCGAGCCCUACUGUCGCGAGGAGAGUUUAUGGUCAUCUAUUUGAGUAUUUCUACCUCCAUGUUCAAACUGACCAGAGAGAUAUUGAGUUGGCCAUCACAAAGCAUCAUGGGAAAUGGUUUUCUGAUUUAUAGGACAGUUUGUAAGGGAAGACCUCUUCUAUUAGCUAAGCUGCCUCUGGGCCAGAGAGGAAUUCUGCUCAUCAACAUGUCCUCUUCAGGCUCUUGCAAGAAAAGUUUGAAUUGUAUAAUGGUGCACCAUCAGGCUUUCUCAUCAUCACCUCGAUUUAGAAGCAUCAGUUUUGUCCGAUCCUUCUCGAGUCUGAAUGAUUCUGGAACAACAAUGUUGGCAUGGCAGAUUGAGAGCUAUGGUGGCAAUGAUAAACUGAAGCUGGUAGAGAAACCAAUUCCGAUAAUUACCCAACCCAAUCAGGUGCUUAUCAAAGUCCAUGCUAGCAGUGUUAAUCCCUUGGAUGUGCGAAUGCGAAAAGGGUAUGCAGCCACAUUUCUGAACACAGGUCGUAAGGUCAAACCUGGAGGGGAAUUCCCCUUGACCCUUGGCCGUGAUUGCUCAGGGGUCAUUGUUGGAACGGGGAAGGCAGUUAAAAAGUUUGAGCUUGGACAGGAUGUCUGGGGGACAGUGAAUCAAAUCAGUCAGGGUGCACAUGCUCAGUAUGUCUUGACGACGGAGGCAGAGAUCAGCCUCAAACCCAAGAACCUAUCCCAUGUUGAAGCUGCAUCAAUGCCAUAUGUUGCAAUCACAACAUGGAGUGCAACAUAUGCAAUAGCAAGGUUCCGUCCAGAAAAUGCGCUUGGUCGGUUUGCCCUUGUUCACGGUGGGGCUGGUGGCAUUGGAUCCUUUGCAAUACAGCUCCUGAAAGCUUGGAAUGCUCGAGUUGCAAGCACCUGUAGUACCGAUUCUGUAGAUUUUGUACGAGGUCUAGGAGCUGAUCAUGUUGUUGACUACAGAACCACUGAUCCUGAAAAAGAACUCAGGAAGCUGGGUCGCUUUGACUACAUCCUGGACACAGUCGGUGGCAAAGUGGAGGAUUACUCCAUCAAUUUGCUGAAUGGUGCCAAGGGGGCUAAUUACGUCACGCUAGUGACACCAAUCAUGGAAUCCAUCGAAGCUCAGGGAGCAGUUGUAGGAAGUCUUGCAGCUAGCUUUUCCCUCAUUAAGAAAGCUCUCCAAACUGCUAAGAUUGGAGGGAAGUAUCGUUGGGCCUUUGCAACUGGAAAUGGGGCAGCACUUAAAAAGAUUGCAACUCUUGUUGAGGAGGGGAAGAUAAGACCUGUAGUCAAUAAAGUGUUUCCUUUCACAGAAGCCCCAGAAGCUUUGAAGGCAGUGGAGCUUGGACGUGCCAAGGGAAAGAUAGUCAUCGGUGUUAUAAAGGGGAAAGAACAGCAGCCAAAGAAAGUAGACAUCUUCAAGGAAUCUUGAACAGAGACAUCUCCAACAAUUCUUGUACAGUGACAUCCAAGCUUCAGUCAUCCAUCUAGUGCUUUAUGUACAUGUAUGCACAUUUCAAGCUUUAGACGUUUUGUACACC